AUGGCUGAUCUGAGGGAGCUAAGUGAGGGAGCUUGGUCUUGGUUUCAGGACAAGAAUCCAGCAAAAUGGUCUAGGGCUUACUUCAAAGAUGAGUCUAGGUGUGACCUACUGCUCAACAACCUCUGCGAGUCUUUCAAUGCAGCCAUUCUGCUAGCUAGAGAUAAGCCUAUCCUAACAAUGUUAGAAAAGAUUAGAAUGGAUAUGAUGGUGAGGCAAUCAAAUAGAAGAGUAGCUUGUGAAAGGUGGAAGGAUUUGGUUGGACCAAGAAUCAAGAAGAUCAUUGACAAGAUUGGUCAGAGAGCAACUGAAUACAGAGCACAUAGAGCUGGGGAGUUCAUAUUCCAGAUCACUGGCUGUGGAGAGCAUGGCAGCAAGCAUGCUGUAGAUCUGGGCCUCCAUACUUGCACCUGUAAGAGGUGGCAGCUGAGUGGGAUACCCUGUGUUCAUGCCGUCUGUGCAUUAAGGUUCAAGAAACAGGAAGUUGCAUUAUAUUGUCAUGACUAUCUUAUGCCCUCAACCUAUAUGGAGGCCUACAACCCCAUAAUCUACCCUAUUGCUGGCCAAGAGGAUUGGGAACCUGUUGAUUACCCCAUUGCACCUCCACUUUUCAAGCAGCAACCUGGUCGGCCUAAGAUGAAAAGGGUGAAGGAACCAGGAGAGAGGAAUCAGACCACAGCCCCACCUGCACCUAAAGAAGGGAAGUUGCCUAAGAUUGGUAUAAAAAUGUCUUGUAGAGUAUGUGGCCAACAAGGACAAAACAAGUUAGGUUGUCCAAUCACAAAGGCAACUAAGGCAGCAGCAACUGUAAGUCCUUAA